AUUCACCUCUUCCCGUGGCCAGGGGUUUGGAGUUCACAUUUUGCAACGUCCACGUUCCAGGGCUGAGUCUGUCCAUUCUGAAGCUGAGGGGCACAAUCGACCUUGGGGCCAUGAAGUUCCAGGAGUUCUUCUUCCUUCUCUUUCUUGCCAAUCUGCCCACAGCCAGAGGGAGCCCGACUGGGAGCCAAGCCCAGGAUAUCCAAGUGCAGGAGAAUUUCGACCCCGAACGGGUAUAUGGGAAAUGGUAUGACAUUGCCACUGGCACAACAUGCAAAUGGAUGAAGCAAUACAAGGAUAAAUUCAACAUGGGCACGCUGGUGCUGGGACCAGGGCUGACCAGUAAUCAGAUCAGCACCACCAGCACCAGACUCAGGCAAGGUGUCUGCACGCAGGUUUCUGGAGAGUACCAAAAAACCGACAUACCUGGAAAAUACACCUACUAUAACCCCAGCUGGGACGUGACCAUCGACUCCUAUGUGGUGCACACCAACUAUGAGGAAUACUCCAUCAUUCUAAUGCAGAAGAAAAGUAGCUUUGGACUGACCAUUACAGCCAAACUCUAUGGUAGGAGCCCGGAGCUGCGAGAAGGCCUUAUUGUGGAUUUCAGGCAGUUUGCUCAGGAGAUGGGGAUUCCUGAGGACUCCAUCUUCAUCAUGAUUAACAAAGGUGAAUGUGUUCCUAGCGAGACCCAACCUGAACCCAAGGUGAGUCGAUGGGGCUGGAUGGAACCUCACAAGCUGAAUUUCCUGGGUCUCCAGAAAGCUGUGCUGGAGCGUUAG